ACGAUAAUACCUCCUAGCGCACCAGGGAAGAAGUAAAGAAAAUCUGUGGUCCCAAAUUUGAUGUUUUUUGGAGAGUUCAUGGCAGAAGGGUUUAGGGUAUAAGAAAUGACCAAACAAACAGGAAAAUAAAAACAAAAGGUUGGAAACCGAUGACAAAUUGGGGACAGGGCAGAUAGAGCAGAUUGAAACAAUUUGGCAGUAUGGUGAUAAUCAGGGAGUUGAAGGAUUUCGUGGAUGUCCACGGAGUGCUGUUGGCAGCUUCUGGUGUUCCUCCAGCGCUUUAUCUGCAAUUAUUUGAGAAACUUUGUAGCGAGACAUUCGACGGAGGCAGCUAUUUUCAGAUUGAGCUGUGCGAAAAUGGUAAACAGAAACGCCUGCUACUGUCCUGCGACACUUUGCUCAAGGAUUCCCAGAUCUUUCUCGUUGAUCAUGCUUGGUCUUUCCGCCUUCCCGACGCCCGCAAUCAGCUGCAGGAAAUUCCAGAACUAGUUAAAAGAAUGGCUACAUUGAUGUGUGUAACAGAUGAGUAUGAUCGAGAGGCUUGUGAAAAUGUUACUGGUGAAGGUGAGCAAGAGUCAAUAGAUGAGGCUAAGGAAAAUCCUCAGGACAUAAUAGAUAGAGAACUGUGCAAAGCUAAACAAGAAGACAGAGAUGUUCUAUGGUUGGAGCUGGAGGAACUUCAGAUUGAUGAUGAAAUGCUAUAUUCCUUAGAUUUAGCUUCCAAGUUACCGAAUCUUGUUGGUCUUGAUCUUUGGGGUAACAAACUGGAAACCAUUGAAGCAGUUAUACAAACAGUUAGUGGAUUCAAUCAACUACGAGCUCUUUGGUUAAAUGAAAAUCCCGUCUCAAAACUUUGUGGUACUGCUCUAAGAAAUAUUUUAUUGGAACUUUUACCUCAGUUGGAGAUCUAUAAUUCUCAGUUCACUCCCAGUUACGGUCAAUGGGCGCUUGGAUUCUGUGCUGGUAUAUAUGGAGCAGAGAAGCCUGUUGCUACAGAACAAAGAGCAUGCCCUUUGAAGGAUGUGACGGAACUUGAUUUGUCAAACCGAUCUAUCCAUAAUCUUUCAAAUAAGGUGUUCAAUCCUUUGGAGUUGCCGCUUCUUACAUCUUUAAAUCUUCGAGGGAAUCUAUUGGAUCAGAAUUCAGCUGAGAAUCUGUUGGAGUUGCUACACGGUUUUGUAAAUUUGCAGUCACUAGAGGUUGAUAUUCCUGGGCCCCUUGGAAGCAGUGCUAUAAAGAUUGCAGAGGCCCUUCCCAAUUUGUCCAACAUAAAUGGUGUUAGUGUAUCCAAGAUUUUGGAAGAAGAAAAGGCUGUUAUUGAUGGCAAUCUUGAACCUCGCCUUCCUGAAUGGUCAAAUGGUGAGCCACUCAUUGAUCGCAUUCUGCGAGCGAUGUGGAUAUACGUGAUGACAUACAGACUUGCUGAUGAAGAAAAGCUGGAUGAAACUCCUGUCUGGUAUGUUAUGGAUGAGCUUGGUUCAGCAAUGCGACAUAGCGACGUGCCAAAUUUCAAAAUUGCCCCAUUUUUGUUCAUGCCUGAUGGGAAAAUAACUUCGGCUAUAAGCUAUUCUGUGAUGUGGCCAAACAAUGAUGUACACAAGGGUGAAGAAUGUACACGUGACUAUUUGCCUGGCAUUGGGGAGGACAAGCAACGCUCCUCACGCCUUACUGCUUGGUUUCACACCCCAGAAAAUUAUUUUAUCCGGAUGCAUGAGCAAUAUUAUCAUAAACUCCAUUCAACAGCCUUUAAGCAUCCUGUUUACAGAGAUUCACAAACACAAAGUAUUCGUCCAAAUGAUGGUCGACCUCUCCUGGUUUAUACAGACAAUGCCCAAGUAGAAGAAUACUUAAACCGCCCAGAGUUUGCACUUACUGAUGAUGCUAAAAAGGCAGAUAUUGUGUGGACAAGCAUGCAAAUUGAUGAGGAAUUAAAGAAAAUAGCAGGUCUGAAUGAUCAUCAAUACAUUAAUCAGUUUCCAUUUGAAGCUUGCAUUGUUAUGAAGCACCACUUGGCACAGACCAUUCAGCAGGUCGAACUAGGGCAGAUUGGGAAGGGGACAUUACGCUUCCAUGAAAGCCCUCAAUUCGUUGCUCAAUUGCUCACCCAUGUUGGAUCUAGGCCCCCUUCUCUGGCACAUGGGGACCCAGAAUGGUUUCAAAUUACUUACAAUCUGGAAACACAGUUAUCUGAGCUUAUAGGUGACUACCUUGUAAGAGAUAAAGAGGGACAAAAUAACCUUUGGAUUCUCAAACCAUGGAACAUGGCUCGCACAAUUGAUACAACAGUAACAGGUUAUUUGCCUGCAAUUAUUAGACUUAUGGAGACAGGUCCAAAGAUAUGCCAGAAAUAUAUUGAAAAUCCUGCCCUUUUCAAGGGCAGAAAGUUUGAUUUGCGCUAUAUUGUACUCCUUCGUAGUGUGCAACCACUGGAGAUUCUUCUCUCGGAUAUUUUUUGGGUAAGACUGGCAAAUAAUCAGUAUACAUUGAAGGAAAGUAGCCUGUCUGACUAUGAAACUCACUUCACUGUAAUGAACUAUCGAGGGCAACUGAAUCAUAUAAACACUGACGAGUUUGUGUUUGAAUUUGAACAUGAACAUCACGUGAGAUGGAUUAAUAUACAUGAAAAAGUUCGAGCAAUGAUCCGUGCUGUUUUUGAAUCUGCAUCAACUCUGCACCCUGAGAUGCACUGUACAACCGCUAGGGCUAUGUAUGGGGUGGAUGUUAUGAUUGACAGUGAGUUUCAGCCAAAGCUUUUGGAGGUUACAUAUUGUCCCGAUUGCACUAGAGCAUGCAAGUAUGAUGUUAAAGCAGUAGUAGGAAAUGGUGAAGUUAUAAAAGGUAGCGAGUUUUAUAAUUAUGUAUUUGGUUGUCUUUUCCUGAACGAGUCUCGUCAUGCAAGCCUGCUGUAAUAUUGCAUACCUGAUGGUGACUGAUAGGCAUGUUAAUUGCUUAAGUUUUUGACAUUUGUAAAAAUGCUAUAUUCUUUUGUGUGGCUAACAAGAUGAGUUCUCUUAAUAUGGGACGAAUGUGGUAUCAUACAAAAGUAGUGUAUACUUGGAGGCAGUAAUACAGGUCACUAAAAGAUAGGAAACUAGAAACCUCGAGCUGGAGAAAUAAAAAUGUUAAAUUGCUUUA